AUGACAUCAGUCGCUUCUACAAUGUUCAAGCUCGUGGUAUUGUCUGCUCUCCUCAUCGCCGUGGCCGCUGAGCCGGGCUUCUUCUCCGCCCCGCUGGCGCCUGUCACUUACGCGGCGACUGUUGCGGCCCCCGCCACCACCACCUACGUGCAGUCCAGCAGCUACAUAGCACCCACGGUCUAUUCAUCCCUGCCCUACCCUCACUUCAUCAAGAAGCGCUCGGCGGAAGCUGACACCGCCGCUGAGGAUGCAGCACCACAAACAGCACACAAUAAACGCUCGGUCUUGCUUGCAGAACCCGCCCUAGCCCCCGCGGCAUACGGCCCUGCCUACAUUGCGUCGGCCCCUCUGGCUGCGCCUUACUCCCCCGCUAUCAUCCCCAGUGCCUCCUACUACCCUUCCUACUAUCCAUCAUACUACGCUGGCUAUCCCGCUGCGGUGCCUUUGAUCAAGAAA